AUGAUCCGAUUUACCUUGAUUGUGCUGCAGGCUCUUCUGCUUUGCAAUAGCGUCCAUGGUAUCCUCAUCUACGUCUCCUCAUACACAGGCAAUGUUUCUGUGCUCUCUUUGACGUACGAACAUUUCGCUUCGACUGGAUCAGCAGCAUAUGUCGAAGACGGAUACUUUGCUGGCUUCGCACCGAAGAAGAAAUACAAUCUCACUGUCGUCGACACCUUCAAGACACCUACCGAGUCCCCAGCAUGGCUGACUUUAAACAAACAUAACAACAUUUUAUACGUCGUAGACGGCACCACCACCGGCAAUGGGACCCUCACUGCCUACCGUACGAGUUCCAAAAACGGCACCGGCCCUCCCGUCGAGCUGGACAGCGUAGAGUGCCUCCUUGACGGCGCCUUUGCCAACUUCUAUGCCAACGGCAAGGCUCUCGCCGUGGCCCACUAUACCAGCAGCGCCAUCCAAACGUACGAUGUCACCGCUCCAAACGGUACUCUUAAGUCCCUGCAGACCUUCACCUACACCAUGGCCAAACCCGGCCCCGCAGGGGCCCGGCAAGCCGCACCACACAUCCACCAGACCCUCGCUGAUCCAUUGGGCCUUUACCUGCUCGGCAUCGACCUCGGCGCUGACCUGGUUCGCGUUUACGCUAUCAACCACGAAACACUCCUUCUCGAAGAGCGACCCGCGCAAAACGCCACCUCAGGCUCCGGUCCCCGUCACGGCGUCUUCACUCAAGAGCCCAUUCUCUUUCCCGACGGCACCGCCAGCUACGUCUUCUACCUGGGCGCCGAAAUCGCAGGCAUUAUCACCGCUUUCCGCGUAACAUACCUCCCCAACCAGGCUGGUCUGCACCUCACCCCGCUGCCCAAUGGUACCUACAGCUCGCUGGAACCGGGGACACCCAAGCCCAGUACGGGCGGCAAAGGGAUAACGUCGGAGCUGCGCCUCAGCGCCGACGGCGACUAUCUGAUUGUUAGCAACCGGCGCGACGCGCGCUUCUCAGGGACCCCGGCGCAGUACCCGCCCAACGGAACCUCGGAUUCGAUUUCGACAUUUCGCAUCCGCCAGGAUCUGGCGGGGAAGCUUGACUUCGUGCAGGCGGCGCCGGUGGGUGGGGCGCUGGCGAGGAGCUAUGAUCUGAACCGGGCGGGGAAUUUGGCGGUUAUUGGGAUUCAGGAAGGAAAUCGGGUUACGGUGCUUGAGCGGGACCUGGGGUCUGGAUUGUUCAGUGAGCAGGUAGCUGAGGUAGAGGUGGAAGGGGAGAUUUGGGGAGUUUUGUUUAAUGAGGAGGUUGGGUUUAACCACUAA